AUGGCGGCGCCCAAGACUGAACCACCGACUGCGCCCAGAGAUCAUCAUCGGGAGCUGGAGCCUGUAUUAUUGGAUCGUCGCGGAGUUCAAGGUCCUGAACGCCUACCUGAUCUACCUCGUCAACGCAUCAAGACCGACGGCGCUCAAUCUGGCCAGCCGAACCGUAAUAAAGGUCCUCGUGGCUCUGGUAAGAAACCAACGCGCUGGCUUAACUUCAACAACACCCUGAAUAAAUUGGUACCAGGCGCAAAGUUUUUGCGUACGCCCAGAGGUGAGUACCAUAGUGGUCUCUAUGCCUUGGCUAUCGGUAUGGGCGCCUGCCCGGACCGGACUUCAGCUAUCGACUGGUCUGCCAGAUCGCUGGAGAGCAACGCUUUCAGUAGACUGGUUGAGGCCGUCCAUUCACUUCGCGCCGAUUCACCUCGCCAAUCUGCCAACUUGGAAAUUAUGCGCGUCAAUUAUGGUACUUUGAGCGCUAAUCAUCUUGCUAUUCUGAUCAACGAGUACAACAAGAGCACAUGUGGACGCAAGAUUCAACUCUUCCUUGCUGAAAGAGAUGUAGAGAAAAUGACACCGAAUAUACGAGAUGCCAAAAAGAUCGUAGUGCGCAAAAACUUCCGCACACAGCAAUGGGAAGGAUAUGGUUACGCCGAAAGCGCUUCUAUUGGAAGCUAUGUCAAGAACCACCAGGCUCCAACACUUCCAAUCUGGUCUUGUCCAGCCACUGAGGACGAGUCCAAUCAAGCAGACGCUUCAUAUCUCAACAGUACCUCCUGUGAGUGGGACUCAGACUAUGAUGCUGAACCUGAUCUCGAGGAACCUGAAUUAGAGCUCUUGUUCACAGCAGGAGAUGAUUUCCAAAACGGCGUGCAUGAAUUGGUCACUUGCAUAGCACACGACUCCAGACCCUCCUCCUCCAGGUUCCAAUUAGUCUACUCGAGACUCAACGAUCACCUGAACGACUCAUCAUAUCGUGGCCCACCUGAUCUCGAACCAGACGGCUCGCUCAGUAGCAAGGCUCUCGGUGCUCUCGCCGACUGGUGGAAUUCAAGAUGGAAGACCUAUCAACGUGACAAGAUUAUACUAUACACUGGCAACAGCCAUGGUCGUUUUGAAGAAGUCACCUCACCGACGAACGAGGUCCGAAAGCCUGUAUUUCUUGUUUACAAGGAUGGUCGUUGGCACAUUUUUAUUGCUGGACAUACUCUACCGUUUGAGUAUGCGGUACGAGAAGCAGAGUGCACCGCCUCUAGUGAUGUGAACACUCCCAGAGACACUGCGUCAGAGCUUGUCCACGACUUGAAGUCCACCGACUCAAACACCGAAAUAAUCGCCGAACGUACUCAAGAUCUGGCUCGUGUUGUCGAGCGUCUUGAGGCCACUUCAUUCAAGCAAACCAAUACUAUCAAUGGUCUGUCGAUGGCUGUCAAAGACUUGACUGCGACUGUUGCUACACUCACAACUGCUAUGCAGGCAAAGGAAACCAGCUCAGCUCCCGAGGUUGAUCAUCUGACUCACAGACCUGGCGAAGAGAUGGUUUUUGCAGACUUGAUCUCUUUUGAUUGA